ACAGCUGUGACACCGGAAACAGCUGGUAUAUCGGUGAAAGGUCAUCGACCUGCCGGUCUAGAUUUUUGGUAGGGAAUCAGGAAAGCUGGAGAAAUAGCCACGUCUAAGGCUAUUUACUGAAAUAAUAAAACGUUGAAUGGCAAUCGUUAGACCACUGGUUGGUGGAGUAGCCAACUGGAGAGGAGUUUUACGACGUUAUUCAACUGUUGAAGCGUUUAUGAGCAGCCUGAUGGCGAGUGGGGAGGGCGGCAUGCCUGUGGUCGGCCACGACAAGCUCAAGAAAGAAUUCUACAUUAGAAUGGAAAGAGAGAGUACAGAGAAGGCCAUCUUGCAGUAUGACAUGUACAGGAAAGGUUAUGUAGACUUCUACCACACCUUCGUACCAGAGGUGUACAGGGGAAAAGGACUGGCCAAACACUUGGCAAAGGCUGCCUUGGACUAUGCAGUAGAGGAAGACUUGAAGAUGAAGCUAACCUGCACUUACCUACAGAAGUAUGCUAAGGACAAUCCACUUCCACAGUACCAGGAGAGGAUCGUUCCUACUUAGGGCUGCAUUCAUACCUUUGUUCUCAGAUUUCAAGAAAUGAUACCAAACUGAAAGAACAAAAAAACAGAGCCUGAACCUAUCACACAUUCAGGACCUUCCCAUGACUUUGCUCCCAACCAAGGUUGAUGCUGGGUUGGGAGUAGCCUUGAAUCCACUCUAUUCUAGCUCCAUCCACUUUGCUCCUUUGAUUCCAUCCAGGCAGUAAAUGACUUUCCCCACUUUGGUUUUAUUGCUGGUUGGCAUAGACAUCCUUUAGUGACUAGUUGGCAGCCUUGCUGACCAAUUUCCACCUGCAGAUGACCCUGCUCAUGACUAGUUAACUUCUCCAUGGUCUGGAGAAGGUUGGUAGGCCAUGGUGGGCAGUGUGUGUGAUGGGCUCUAGAGACAGGUUAAUGCUUUAGUAGUUUCUGGGAGUGAAAAUAUAGUAUGGUCAAAGUUUUCUUCUGUGUCAGCAUGACCUUCCUCAGCAGUUUCUUUGUACCUUAAAAUAUCCUAAGAACCGCCCAAAUUGGUGUGGCAUUUCUGGCCCAACCGCUCCCUGCUGCAUUAACCUGUAAACAAAGCAGAUCUGGUGCCAAAGAACGUCCUCAGGGAGGGGGUAAAGUAUGUCCAGUAGUCACUAGCAAAGUUUUAGAAAUAACUUAGAAAACGAAGAAAAAGUGACCAAAUAUUUUCAAGAUGUUAUGGUGCAAAAUCAUUGAUAACUCAUGAUGUAACAUAAAAAAAGUACAUGUAUAAGGAAGUAUUUUUAGAGUUGAUAUCAUUGUAUUAGGGUAAUUCUAAUUGUUUUUGUGAAUUUUUUUUAGAUUUUGUCAUCAAGUAUUGCUGUCUUUAACUAUUAAGAUGUUCUGUUCCGAGGAAAACAUACCAGUGCAUCCUUUGUGAAUCUAAUAGACACAAGCAGACUAGAAUUAUUACAUUAUAAUUGGCCUCAAACUUGUAAGCAUUCAUGACCAGUUAUUAUAUUUGUAUUGGUGCUGUCUACAAGUGAUACAAUACAUCAUGAUGAAAUAAGUAAACCUAAUAUUUUGGUCUUA